GCGCCGGAUUUGGACAUGGCGGGUGCUGGACGCGGAGCAGCGGCGCCCGUGGGGACGGCGGGGCCCGGGAGCUCGGGGCGACCGCAGGCGCGGCGGCGGCGGCAGCAGGAGCUGCGGGGGAAGCAGCGCUUGGCUCCGCGGCCGGGGCAGCGCAGCAAAGAAAAGAAGAAAGUGAAUUGCAAGCCCCCAAACCAGGACGAACAGGAAAUCCCUUUCCGCCUCCGGGAGAUCAUGAGGAGCCGCCAGGAGAUGAAAAACCCGAUCAGUAACAAAAAGAGGAAGAAAGAGGCCCAGGCGGCCUUCAGAAAGACACUGGAGAAGGAAGCUAAGGGAGUAGAGCCAGACAUCGCCGUCCCCAAGUUCAAGCAGAGGAAGUGGGAGUCUGACAGGGCCUAUGUCCAGCGCAUGGAGCAAGAGGCCCAGCACGUGCUGUUCCUCAGCAAGAACCAGGCCAACCGGCAGCCAGAGGCUCAGGUGGCUCCCAGGAAGGAGAAGUCUGAGCGGAAGAAAGCGUUCCAAAAGCGGCGACUGGAUAAAAUCCGGCAGAGAAAGGAGGAAAAAGCAGCAGAAAGGCUGGAGCAGGAGCUGCUCCAAGACACAGUGAAGUUUGGUGAAGUUGCCCUGCAGCCCCCAGAGCUGACUGCCAAGCCCAGGAGGAGCGUAGUCGGGGACCAGCCUGGCAAGAAAUCGCUGAUGCUGAGGAUGCUUUUGAGCCCUGGCGGUGUGCCCCGGCCUGUGACCACCUCGCUGGCCCGACAGCGGAUUGUGGGGGAGGAGAGGGAGCGGGCUGUGCAGGCCUACCGAGCGCUGAAGAAGCAGAAGCAGCGGCAGCAGGAGGUGCAGCCGCCACGGCCACCCCCCCUCACCUCCGGGAGGAAGCCAGAGACACGGCCGUGAGGGGCCAGGCCCAGGCUCCUGGGAAUGGCACUGGGGCUGCUGCACCCGCAGAGACGGCAGAUCAUUUUCCUUGGACACAUUCUUAAUGCCAGGAGAGGUCUCCAGGUGUCUUCUUCCAUUUUCCCCCCAAAGCCUGCUCUUUCAUGAGUGACCAUCGAUGGGCCACAUCCUGCACGGGAGGGUGCUGCCCUGUGGACCCACAGACAGGAGCCAGCGCUUGGCUCCACCCACAGCUUUGUUUCUUCAUUCUGAAAGAAAAAUCCAGGCAGAGAAACAACCCAGUUCCACUUUCGGGCAGGCCCAAUCCCAUAAUCCUGUCCCUAAACACCAGUGAUUGAUGGAAACUGCUCAUUUAGGUCCCUCCCCCACCCACGGGCCUGUGCAGGGGACCAUGAGAACAGGCCCGGGGCUCACCCCACCAAGGUUGGCUGGAUGGACAAGGACUGCAGCAUUGACACCAAGGGGGUGGGAGCAGGUUGUCCCCAGGGGGCAGGCCUCAGGCAGGUCCAGGGCCGGAGAGGGCAGGGGCGGGACCCCAGCCUGGGGCUCCUGUGGUCUGGGCGGGGCCUUGCCAGGUGCAUCUCUUGCCCCAGCCAAAGGCGGGAAUGCCGGGCCUCAGCCUCUCCAGGUGAGGGGAGGAGGGAGGAACAUGAAGCAGUGGAGGCCGACUGCUCAUCAGCCUCUGGGCCACUGUGCUCCUGGCCGCCUCCCUGCGAAUGCUCCGCCCAGAGAGAGCUCGGGAAAUAGUGUCUCAGCCCAGCUGAGCAGCCCUGGAGAAUGUGUGAAGGGGUGGAGUGGUGUGUGAUUUUUUUCUGUCCUUCCCCAACUGUGCAUUUUCUAGAAUGAAGUUUACUUCAAAAUUAAAAAAUUUAAAUUGAGGAAGCUA